AACGGUGCACUUUUUAAUAUUCAUGAGCAACGACGUAAGUUUUAAAACCAUAGAAUGUAACGUUGCACAUUUACCAAAACACGAGCUGAGCUAAGUGCUGAGAAAUGGGGUCUCAGCCAGACCACAACACGAUCAGCCCCGGUGCUCCACCGCCGCCGCCGCCGCCUCAACUCCACGUUCUCAUGGUGUCCUUCCCCGGGCAAGGCCACGUGAACCCUCUCCUCCGCCUCGGCAAGCGUCUUGCCCGGAAGGGACUUCUGGUCACCUUCUCCGCGCCGGAAUCCGUCGGGGCGGACAUGAGAAAGGCCAACUCCAAAAUCAGCGAGGAGCCCACCCCUCACGGCGCCGGCCUCAUCCGGUUCGAGUUCUUUGACGACGAGUUCAACCCGUCCGGCCCGCACGGCCACGACCUCGACUUCCGUCUCGCCGAAAUAGAACGGACCGGGUCGGUGAAGAUCUCCGGGAUGAUCCGGAAAUACGAAGAACAGGGCUCCCCUGUUUCUUGCUUAAUCAACAACCCUUUCAUCCCCUGGGUCUCCGACGUCGCCGAGAAACACGGAAUCCCCAGCGCCGUCCUCUGGGUCCAGUCCUGCGUGAGUUUCUGCGCCUAUUACCACUACCAGAACAAACUUGCCAAAUUUCCGACCGAAUCGGAGCCGUUCUCCGACGUCGUCCUCCCCUGCAUUCCGGCGCUGAAACACGAUGAGAUUCCGAGCUUCUUGCACCCUUCUUCCCCGUACCAGUUUCUGGCUAGGGCGAUUCUCUUGCAGUUCAAGAACUUGUCGAAACCCUUCUGUGUGCUGAUGGAGACGUUUCAGGAGCUGGAACCGGAGGUCAUUGAUUUCAUGUCGGGGCUCUGUCCGAUCAGACCCAUCGGACCGCUGCUCAUCAGCGCCGCCGGCGAUGAUGUCCGGGGAGACUUCGUGGAAGUGGACAGCUGUACGGAAUGGCUUGAUUCCAAACCGGAGUCUUCCGUCGUUUACAUCUCCUUCGGCAGCGUCGUGAGCUUAAAGCAGGAACAGGUGGACGAAAUUGCCCAUGGGCUGUUGAACUCAGGCCUCUGUUUCUUGUGGGUAAGAAAGCCGCCGUUGUCGGGGACUCCGUCGACGGUCCUGCCGGAGGGCUUCUUGGACAGAGUAGGGGACAACGGGAAGAUAGUGAAAUGGUGUUCCCAAGAACAGGUGCUGGCGCACCGAUCGGUGGCCUGUUUCGUGACCCACUGCGGCUGGAACUCGACGAUGGAGGCGAUGACUAGCGGCGUUCCGGUGGUGGCGUUCCCGCUGUGGGGCGACCAGGUGACGGACGCCAAGUAUCUGGUGGAGGUGUUCCGGAUCGGGGUUCGCCUCUCCAGAGGGGAAGCCGAGAACAGGGUCGUCGGCAGGGAGGAGGUGGAGAAGUGCUUGGUCGAGGCCACGCGCGGGCCGGCGGCGGCGGAGAUGAAGGAGAGGGCGUUGGCCUGGAAGAAGAAGGCGGAGGCGGCAGUGGCGGAGGGCGGUUCCUCUGACAGGAAUUUGAAUGAAUUCGUGGAAGAGGUCCGGCGGAGGUGUUCUCUGAGCAGUUGACCGGCGGAGAACCGGAAAAGUGGGGGAGCCCCAGUAACACCGUUUUCAUACAGGGGGCGGGUGGGUCAUACCACACUAUGUAUUACUCGUCAAAUUGGACUUUUUUUCCUAUGUAUUUUUUUAUUAUUAAUUAAAUAAAAAACUUAGUGUAUA